ACCCUGUGAAAAGCAAACAUAAGAAGCUGUACAACCAGGUUUUCUCUGCGAUCAGUCUCAAGCAGAGAAGAAAGAUGGCCAAAGACAAGGGCCUCAUCAGCCCAGAAGACUUUGCCCAGCUGCAAAAGUACAUAGACUACUCCACCAAAAAUGUCAGCGAUGUGCUGAAGGUCUUUGAGAUGAACAAAUAUUGCCAAGGAGAUGAGAUUGGGUACCUGGGAUUUGAACAGUUCCUGAAAAUGUAUCUGGAAGUGGAGGAGGUUCCCCAUCACCUAUGCUGGACUCUGUUUUGGUCCUUCCAUAGCAGUCAAGACUUAGCUAAGGAGACUGAGUCAAAAGCCAAUGUGAUCUGUCUCAGUGACGUCUACUGCUACUUCACCCUCCUGGAAGGCGGCAGUCCAGAAGACAAGCUAGAGUUCACCUUCAAGCUGUACGACAUGGACAGAAAUGGGAUCCUGGACAGCACAGAAGUAGAAAAAAUCAUCCUGCAAAUGAUGCGAGUGGCUGAAUAUCUGGACUGGGAUGUGUCUGAGCUGAGACCGAUCCUUCAGGAGAUGAUGAAAGAGAUGGACCGGGAUGGCAGUGGCUGUGUCUCCCUAGCUGAGUGGGUCCGGGCUGGGGCUACCACUGUGCCCCUGCUUGUCCUUCUGGGGAUAGACAUGACUAUGAAAGAUGAUGGACACCAUAUAUGGAGACCCAAGAGAUUCUCCAGACUGGUCUACUGCAACCUGUGCGAGUUGAGCAUUGGCCUCGGCAAACAAGGCCUGAGCUGUAACCUCUGUAAGUACAUUGUUCAUGACCACUGUGCCAUGAAGGCCCAGCCUUGUGAAGUCAGCACCUAUGCCAAGUCUCGGAAAGACAUUGGUGUCCAGCCACACGUAUGGGUUCGAGGAGGCUGUCAUUCUGGACGCUGCGACCGCUGUCAGAAAAGGAUCCGGACCUACCACAGCCUAACGGGACUGCACUGCGUGUGGUGCCACCUGGAGAUCCACGAUGACUGUCUGCAGGCUGUUGGUCCCGAGUGUGACUGUGGGCCGCUCCGUGAUCAUAUCCUGCCUCCGUGUUCCAUCUACCCCAGGGUCCUGGUAUCUGGACAGGAGUGCAAACAGAAGACCACAGAUGUUACGAGCCUGUGCACCCCUGAGGCUUUUCGGAUUGAACCUGUUUCUAACACCCACCCCCUUCUGGUCUUCAUCAAUCCUAAGAGCGGAGGCAAGCAGGGGCAGAGCGUGCUUUGGAAGUUCCAGUACAUUCUGAACCCUCGGCAGGUGUUUAACCUGAAGGAUGGUCCGGAGCCAGGGCUCAGGUUUUUCAAAGACGUUCCUCAGUUCCGGGUGUUGGUGUGUGGUGGAGACGGCACCGUAGGCUGGAUUCUAGAGACCAUUGACAAAGCCAACUUCCCCACUGUGCCUCCCGUCGCUGUGUUGCCCCUGGGCACUGGAAAUGAUCUGGCUCGGUGCCUAAGAUGGGGAGGAGGUUAUGAAGGUGAGAACUUGAGAAAGAUUCUCAAGGAUAUAGAGAUAAGUAAGGUGGUAUAUCUCGAUCGAUGGUUCCUGGAAGUGAUACCCCAACAAAACGGAGAAAAGAGUGAUCCAGUUCCCUCUCAAAUCAUCAAUAACUACUUCUCCAUUGGUGUGGAUGCUUCCAUCGCUCACCGGUUCCAUCUCAUGAGAGAGAAAUACCCUGAGAAGUUCAAUAGCAGAAUGAAGAACAAGCUCUGGUACUUGGAGUUUGCCACGUCGGAGUCCAUCUUCUCAACGUGCAAAAAGCUGGAAGAGUCAGUGACCGUCGAGAUGUGUGGGAAGCUGCUGGAUCUGAGUAACCUGUCCCUCGAAGGCAUUGCGGUAUUGAAUAUCCCGAGCAUGCAUGGUGGCUCCAAUCUCUGGGGUGACACUAAGAGACCUCAUGGGGAUACGUGUGGGAUCAACCAGGCAUUGGGCAGUGUGGCCAAAAUAAUCACAGACCCCGAUAUCCUCAAAACCUGUGUGCCAGACAUGAGUGACAAGCGGCUGGAAGUCGUAGGAAUAGAGGGUGUGAUUGAGAUGGGUCAGAUCUAUACCAGGCUCAAGAGUGCUGGACACCGGCUGGCCAAGUGCUCCGAGAUCACGUUCCAGACCACAAAAACCCUCCCUAUGCAAGUGGAUGGAGAACCCUGGAUGCAGGCACCCUGUACAAUCAAGAUCACCCAUAAGAACCAGAUGCCUAUGCUAAUGGGUCCAGCUCCCAGUUCCUCCAAUUUCUUUGGCUUUUGGAGCUGAGGAUGGAUGCCAUCUGCCUUGAGCCCACCUCCCUGUUCCUGGAGAUUUCCCACUAUCUAGAUGCUGUCACACCUUCCUGCCAGCCCAGAAGGAUGUUCCAUCACCUUCACAGUAUUUAUUAUCCUCCGCAACCUCACUGCUCCCACACAGACAUCCUUACACAACCAGCGAUGCGUAACCUUGAAAAUGCCUCAUCUAAUAAAGUGACUUUUUCCAUCACUGGGAUAUCUGUUAAAAUGAACGACACAUCUCUUUUUACACCUUCACCCCUCUACAGACAGAUUUAAAAGCAGACAGAACAAAUAAAUGAACAAAGAAAGCCUA